AUGUCUACUUGUGGGUAUAACUCAGAGGAAGAAGGUGAUGUGGAUGAUUCCUUGAAAGGUGAUAUGGAUGAUUCCUUCAAAGGUGAUUUGCCCGAUCGGUUGCCUCAGGACUGGCUAACGGCCAGUACUAAUAAGCUGCAAUACUACGAGAUGGAAGAAUCGGAAAUGGAAGAAGAUGACAAAGAAAUGCUUCGACUAUACGCGCAUCUCGCGUUGAACUCCGAGUGUCAUGGUUACGGGUUUCCAAAGCCAAUUGAGCUGGGAAAGGUAAUUGUGCAAACCAGACAAGUUGUCGAGUCAGAGAAGAAGAUGGUACUCAAGGCUGGGAAUGCAAUAUUCUACAUCAGCUUCAAAAACCGCUCGGGGAAUGUCUUAAAUGGUAUCAUAAGGAAAACAAAGUGUGCUGGUUUCAUCUUUGACGCCAAGUGUGUUUCCCGUUUUAUGUGA